CUACCUUUUAUACCUUAACCUAUUUGUCUUCUUUUCUCUAAUUUUUGUUUUUUUGGUUAUACUCUGUUCUUGCCAAAAAAAAAAACCCAGUUUUUUUCUUCAGUUUUUCACAAUGAAAUCCAAAAUCAAACAAGAUUGUAUUGAUGAAAAUGAAGUAAUGGAAAUUGAGAGGACAAUAAGAGUGAAAAUUUCAGACCCAGAUGCUACAGAAUCAUCUUCAGAUGAUGAAAAACAGGAAAAAAGACCGAAGAUUAUUGUUCAUGAGAUUGUUCAGAAAAAGGUAAAGAUUCAAUCUUUUUUACUUAAUAGCAAAAACCCAUUAGAUUUUUAUCAAUUGCCUCCUCCUAGGGUUCGAAAAAGAAAAUAUCAGAAGAAGGGUGUUUCUGCAAAAUCUGGAAAUCCGCCAUUAAUGGUGGAUUCUCAGAACUUGGAUUUAACGAAGGUAAAGACUUGUUUUUCAAUAAAAAACAGAAGCCCUUUGAGUCUUGAGCAAUCUUCUGGUAAAUUACCUCCUAUGGUUCGAAAGAGAAAAUCUGGAAAAUUUGCUACUGAAAUUAGAGACCCAUUUAGCAAGAAAAGGAUUUGGUUGGGUACUUUUAAUACUCCUGAAGAAGCUUCUGAGGUUUAUCAAUCUAAGAAACUUGAGUUUCAGGAGAAGUUGGAAAAGGCUAGAAAUGCAAAUGUAGAUAAGGUUAUUUCUGCAAAAUUUGAACUUGGGUCUUCUUCUUCGAGUGAUCCGCCAUUAAUGGCUGAUUCUCAGAACACAGAUUCAUCUAAUGAGUCAGUUGAUAGAUUGAAGAUGGCUAAAAAUGCAAAAGAGAAAAUGGUUAUUUCUGCAAAAUUUGAACUUGGUUCUUCUUCAUCGAGUGAUCCGUCAUUAAUUGCUGAUUCUCGAAACACAGAUUCAUCAAAUGAGUCAGGUGAUAUAUUGAAGAAGUCCAAAAAUGCAAAAGAAAAAAUGGUUAUUUUUGCAAACUCUGAACCUGGUUCUUCUUCUAGUGAGCCAAUAUUAAUGGUGGAUGAGAUUGAUGAGCAAUUGAAUAAGGCUAUAAAUGCAAAUGUGGAAAAGGGUAUUUCUUCAAAAUCUGAACUUGGUUCUUCUUCUAGUGAUCAAGUUGAUGCACAAACCUCGGAUUCAUCGAAUGGGGUUGAAGAAAGUGAUGAAGAUUUGUGGAUGGGGCAAUGGAUACAAAUUUCAGGUGAUAAAGAAGUUAAAUUUUCGCAGAAAUUGGGCGUUCCUGUUGUUGACAAUUACGGUUAUUUGUUAGGUGAAUUUAGCAAAUUGGAUGAUCUUAGUAUUUCUGUUUGAGAUAACUAUAGUUCCAUAAAUACUAUGUUCGAAACUUGCAGCAAUUUUAGGUGAUUAGGUCCAAUUUGUGAAUAUUAACAGUGACAAUUGCAAGUUGACGAAUAAGUGUUCAUGUGUUAUGGAAUUUGUUGUAAUGGUUAUAACUUUGAAUGCAGAUGGAAAUUUGUUUCUCAAAUAGAAAUUCGAGUUCUUGAA